CGAGAUUGGACCUCCACAGUAUUACAAACUACUGAAGACUGAAGCUUAUACUCUGUCCUAAACCACUUGACUCAUUUACGGCCCGGUAGUUUCGAAUGAUGACCAAGAAGUCAAGGAAUGACCUCCUAAACUUUCUUAAGGCUAUUGGCAAAAGCUACGAAUCAAGAACUUUUCUUGAUAAGGACAAUGAAUUCUCUUCAGUAGUUAGUGAUUUGGUGUUUGAACUGGGGAAAUCUCACAAUAUCUCUUCGAAUGUUUAUCCACUUACAGACGAGUAUGAAUAUACCAACUUCGCAAACAGCUUGGAAAAGUUUCUGACAGCUUAUGGUUGCCCAUAUUCAGUGCUAAUGGAAGGACCUAUUUUUGACCGCUUUUCUUCUGUUAAUAAUCGUAGUUUGCUUUUACAAUAUCUAUGUUCAGAGAUAAUGGCUGUUAGACAAUUAUCUACGUUGAAGUCUGUUGGUAAACAAAGUAAUGAAAAUCAUUUCAUGGAUGUGGACAGUUCGGAAGAUAAUGUAGAAAUCCUAUCCUAUUUGCAGGAAGCGUUUAAAGCUCUUGGCUUAAAAAUACCUCCUGAUGACUCAGCACCUACUGUAAUAUAUUCUUGUCUUCAAAAAGGUAUAUCCGAUAGUCUUUCAAGAUGCCCACCCAAUCAUAUGGGGAAAUCAAUUAUCCCACUGACUGGUAUCAGUGAUCGCCAAUGGUCACAGAUAAUGCGUAUCGCCGCAUUACUACAACAACAAUAUUCUAGUCGCCAAGCUACUCUUUUAAAACGUUUAGAUGUUACUGUACAAAGUUUUAAAUGGUCAGAUAAAGCGAAAUCUAGUUUGGAUAAAAUCACUACUGUAUAUAAUCCGAUCCGUGAGAGAAUGGGUCUAAUUCCAUAUCCUGGCAUUCCUAAUGUCUUAGCUGUACGUGACAACAUGAUAUUGCAAAUUGAAAAGACAAGUGGUACAAGUGCACGUCGUUAUACAUCAUGUGAAUUGAAUAAAAUUUUAAUUGGUAAAGUCCCUGAUCGAGGUGGUAGAGCAUGGGAAUUGGAACCGCCUCCACCUGAAAUGCCUGCUUUCAAACAACGUCAUCCAGAUGGGGGUGGUGGAACACAGAGAGGUGGUCGCGGUGGUGGCGGCGACGGUCGUUAUGGCAAUCGUGGGGGUGUUCAGGGUGGUACUAGUGGUUAUAGUUGUGAUGGAUCUCGGAAUGGUGGAAGAUGUGCUGUUGGCAGCAACAUCAGUAGCAGAGGAGUUGGUGGUGGUAGUUAUGCUCAAAUGUAUGGUCAGGCAACGCCAUACACGAGCAAUGGAAGAGGUGUACCAUUGUGUGAUGGUUAUGUGACUGAUCCGUAUCAAAUGGCUUCAAUCAGCCAACAAAUGGGUGGUAUGAUGUUAUUUGAACCUGGCUUAUCUGCUGCUUCACAGCAAAAUUUUGUCUUUCAACCUACAAAGGGUCAGGUCGCUGGUGAUUUCAAUUAUGGAAGAGGUCAACCAGGUGGGCGUGGCAGUCGCGGAAGACAUUAUUAGUGAUACUAUUAUUACUUUGUCUCUUGUUGAUGGAUAUCACCAUUUACUUUCAUCAUUAUGAAUUGUAUUUCAGUUGGUUUCAACAUUUCUUUCUUUUCUUUUCAUAAAUAACCAACGUUUUGUCUGUCCUUACCGAAUAAAAACGAAAAUUAACACCUCAUGGAUAAAUAAAA